AUCAUGAGAGACUGCAAGGUACUUGGAGGGCAUCGUGAAAAAGGCAGCUAUUGGUUACUUAAAACUUCAAAAGGACCAAUCAAAAGCCGACUUGUCAUCAACUGUGCUGGUCUACAGGGAGACAAAGUGGAAGCCAUCAACCAGCCCAGUCCUUUUGGGAUCCAUCCAAGGAAGGGACAGUUUGCAGUGUUUGACCAAUCAGCUGGGAGCCUUCUGCAGUCCAUCAUCCUACCUGUUCCAUCCGAGAGAACAAAGGGUGUCCUGGUGUUUCCAUCGGUGUAUGGCAACAUUGUGGUCGGCCCUACGGCAGAGGACCAAACAGCUAGGGAGAAUCCGCAGGUACAUCAGAAAGUCAUAGACGAGCUGAUAGCGUUCGCUCAAUUUGUCGUCCCGGAACUGGCUGAACAUCCCGUCGUAGCAACCUACGCAGGACUCCGCCCAGCAACACAGAUGAAGGACUAUCAUUUCAUCCUGGACAAGAACAGAGGAUGGGUGACAGUUGGUGGGAUCCGGUCCACAGGACUCUCCAACUGCCUCGCUAUUGCCAGACGUGUGGUCAAAUCCAUCUCAACAUCACAGUCUCACAUUACAUACCCAGAACAAAGCCCCAAGAUAAUAAGAAUAGCAGAUGAUACUGUAGAAAUGGAUGGGAUGUCAUACCGUAUAACACACCCAUUGGCAAGACUUGGGUUUGCUAACAAGAGGGCAAAAUUGUAGGUCAUUAAACUGACUGAUGUAUGUUUACAUGUUUAUAUUGUUACAAUCAUAAAUCUACCAGAAAUCUUUUCAUA